CACUACCAUUGCGGCGAGAGGGUGGAGCUGAGAAGUCUGGGCUCUACCAAGAGUCCAAACCCAUGUUGUAGUCGUGCUGCAUCUGGUGAUCGACUCCAGAUUGUGGGGAAAGGAAGCUGGUGGCAUAACAGACAUUUAUUUUUCGAAGUGAUCUCGUCAGAUCAGGUUCAGUCCAAGUGUUCCCGGCUCUUGGGUUGACAUACUUGAAUACCGACGAAACUGCUCUUAGUUUUGAUCCUUCUCUCGACAUUCCUACUGUUGCAACUUGUGCACUUCAGUCAUCCAGGCGAAGACGUACCGAGACAAUCCAUUAUUCCGUCCACACCUUUCCGACUCCGCACGGAGUAAUUUCAAGUGCCGAAGUUUUGCUAUCACGAAGUGACGCCGUCAGAGGAACCAUCGAAACCAUUUACCUACCAGGUAGUAGCCGACCACGAGACGUUUGAAGGAAGUCAUCCAGCUUUGACUGGCUUAAACAACAUCCAAAAUGAACAAACUCGACGAGCUCAAGCAUAACCUCACCGAGGAAAAGCUUCAAAAUGAAAAGCCAUCAAACGGCACCGUCUCUCGAGGCCCUUCACCCAAUCGAGGUCAAUCUCUGCGUGACGUCGACGCGGUAGGCCCAGAUGGCGAGGACAAGAGAGAAUGGCAGAAACAGAGAGGUAUCGACCGGUCGAAGCAAGUCAAACUCGUCAAACUCAGCCAUAUGCGUUACCAGCAUCCUGACUUGAAUAAAAUCACCACCUUCUUGAGAGAUUUCGGCAUGCACGUCACCAAAAAGGGCGAUGGCGAGAGAUGGUUCCGCGGCUACGGACCCGAUCAGUACGUUUACUACGCCAAACAAGGGCCGAAGAAGUACCUCGGCGGUGCAUUCGAAGUUGAGUCGCGCGAAGAACUUGAGAAGGCCAUGAAAAUACCGGGCGCAACGGUGCUGUCAGACGGCAUCGAGGAGAUGAAAGACGCGCCCGGCGGCGGGUACAUCGUGACGAUUGCCGAUCCCGAGGGCUUCCCCGUCAAUCUCAUCUACGGCCAGGCUGAAGUAAAGGAGGAGCGUGCGAAGCCCGCGAAACUGAUGCUGAACGACGAAGUCGACAAGCCCAGACAGAAGGCUUUCCAGAGAUUUGACCCGGGUCCGGCGGAGGUGCAUAAAUUGGGCCAUUUCGGUCUGAACGUCGAAAACUUCCCGGCCCAAAUGGAAUGGUACACGAAGAACUUCAACAUCGUGCCCUCGGACAUCCUGUACGUGCCGCUGGACAAGAUCGACCCGGAAACCAACCGGCCCGUGCGCAAGGAGGUCGCGCUGUUCGGCCAUAUCGACCGCGGCCAGGACCUGGUCGACCACCACACGUUUUUCAUGACGACGCUUUCCCCGGGCGUCGAGAAGCACGUCCACCACUCGAGCUUUGAGGUGCACGACUUCGACACGCAGGCCCUGGGACACCAGUGGCUCGCCGAGAAGAAGUACACCCCCGUCUGGGGCGUCGGGCGUCAUAUCCUGGGCAGCCAGAUUUUCGAUUAUUGGUGGGACAUCAACGGCUUCAUGGUCGAGCAUUACGCCGAUGGGGAUCUGGUCAAUAUAGAUACGCCCAUGGGCUAUGGCCCGGCCGGGCAUGAGGGACUCGCGGUCUGGGGCCCCGAUGUGCCGACUGAGUUCUUGGAGUAGACGGGUAGGUGUGUGCCAUUGCAAAUGCGAUUUUGGCCCCGUGUCUGUUCUGUUAGUGUCUGUGUUUUGUGUGUUUUCUUAAGGCUGUGGAUGAAAAUAUCUGAAUAAGGAGAGGCGACGCCCUUGGAUUCCAUGGGACAGGUGCAGAAUGGACUCCCAACGACCAGACUACAAGGGACUACCUUAGGCAUGGAUGAAUGUACUUUCUUCCAGACUCAAUGACCAAAAAGUGCUUCUAGAGCAAUCGCAGCAGUUUGCUUGAGCCAGUGAGCCAGUGAGCAGACUAAGUUAGAAUGUCAGGAUACGCUCUUCCUCAGACAG